ACUGCCGCAUCGCAAGCUGGAGCAGCGAGCACCGUAGCAGCAGCAGCAGCAGCCUCCUGGUACACACUGCACUACACAGCGCAGCAGCUAGCGAUAGUGUAUCGCACUUACUGGAUACGCAGUCGAGCAUCUCCAGCAGCAGCAGCAGCGGAGUGAUCAGCGAUGGAGAGCAGCUUGGUCGACACAGCCGCCGCCACUCUCUGCCUGGCGGCGGCCGUCGGCGGGCGGCGCCGCGCCGGCAGCUUCUUGAACUGCUCGUGCUCCUCCAAAGAGUACAGGGUGAGCGCAUCCUACUCCAUUGGGCGGAUGCUGAGCGGGGUGAGGUCGGCGGCGCGCAAGAAGCUGUUCAGGAGCGAGCCGGCCGACCUGCUGGGGAUCAGCUGGUCGCCGGACUCGCCGCCGUCGAACGGCACCGACGGCGGCCACCACCACCAUUGGUGGACGGCUCUCGAGAACAACUUCGUCCUCGAGUCCUCCGAGGACGAGUACGGCGGGGUCGUCGUGGACGCCGACAGGCUGCCGUCCGACAAGGCCGCCUUCGCGCGCUCGCUCGCGGCGUCACUCUCCUACUGGAAGUCCGUGGGAAAGAAAGGGGUUUGGCUAAAGUUACCAGUGGAUCGCUCAGAGUUUGUUCCUAUAGCAGUGAAGGAAGGUUUCAAGUACCACCAUGCCGAGGAAGCAUAUGUGAUGCUGACAUACUGGAUUCCUCAUGAAGAGCCAUGUAUGCUCCCUGCAAAUGCAUCUCACCAGGUUGGAGUUGGGGGGUUUGUGAUCAACGAUCAAAUGGAGGUCCUAGUGGUGCAAGAAAAGUACUGUGGUUCAUCUUUGGAUGGUGCUUGGAAACUCCCCACAGGGUUCAUUCUUGCGUCGGAGGAAAUAUUUACAGGAGCUACUAGAGAAGUCAAGGAAGAAACUGGGGUUGACACUGAAUUUGUGGACGUUGUUGCUUUUAGGCAUGCACACAACGUGGCAUUUCAGAAGUCCGACCUGUUCUUCAUCUGCAUGCUAAGGCCUACAUCAAACAAUAUCAAAAUCGACGAAACAGAGAUUCAGGCAGCGAAGUGGAUGCCGCUGGAGGAGUUCGUCAAGCAGCCGUUCAUCCAGGGGGACCACAUGUUCCAGAAGAUCAUGGACAUCUGCAUCCAGAGGCUCAGGAAGUGCUACUGCGGCCUGACCGCGCACAACGUCAUCUCCAGGUUCGACGGCAGGAGGUCGACGCUGUACUACAACGUUUCUGAACCUGAGGAUGUGAACUGCAAUGCUUCUUGACAACGGAUCGCCCAACCUUCCGUCAGGUUCGCGUUGUGAUCUAGCAUUAGGCUCUGUGCAAUGCAGUGCAGAGUCUCGAGUACAGCGACCUGGGUAACUGCUUGUGAAGCAGAAAUCCUCUGUAAAUAUGAAAAGAAGAUAGGAUUUAUGGCAGGUCGGGUAGCUCUGACCGGCUGUUGCAGUUUCACGUAGAUUGCAGCUGAACUGAAGAAGAUCUUGAAGACUUUUCAGAAAAUUUCGUUUCUGUGUAUGCGCUCACGCUAAGCAGCUGCUUAAUGUGUAUCUAGUGUUGCUAUGGCGAAAGCAAAGGACACGUACACACCAAGAACCAGGACACUAGUAGGAUGUGAUUGCGCUCCGAGUUCUGCACUUACGCGAACAGUGUGCCAAAAUUUAGGUACUUGCAACAUUGCAAGUAUCAAAUGUGUAUGCAACCCCUUCUUUGCGCGUGCAAAGUAUAAUUGAAGAACCUCCUGAAUGUCUCAUCACUA